AUGGCUGAUGAAGAAGUUGACCGACCAUACGUGAUCCUUUACACUUCCAUGGGGGAAAUAACCAUCGAAUUGUAUUGGGACCAUGCGCCCAAGACCUGUAAGAAUUUCUGGGAAUUGGCUAAACGUGGUCGUUACAACAACGUUAUAUUUCAUAGAAUUAUUCCAGAUUUUGUAAUUCAAGGAGGUGAUCCCACUGGCACAGGAAGAGGUGGAACGUCUAUCUAUGGCGACAAAUUUGAAGAUGAAAUUCAUCCUGAUCUAAAGCACACAGGUGCAGGAAUUUUGAGUAUGGCAAACUCGGGACCCGAUACCAACGGGAGUCAGGCAAGAAUCUCAUAUGGGGAAGGCGCACCUACACCAUGGCUAGAUGCCAAACACGCAAUAUUCGGCCGCGUUUCCAAAGGCAUAAAGAUUGUAAGGCGUAUGGGUCUUGUUGCAACGGAUUCUAAUGAUCGACCAAAAGAUAAUGUAAAGAUCAUUCGAGCUGCUGCAUUUGAAGAAUGA